AUGGUCGCUUCAGUGAAUGGCACCCCGAGGGAUCCGCCAACUGAAACCUCCAACCCGGCCAACCCUACCUCAAUCACCCCUGGCAUACCAGAUUUCGCUUCCUUGAAGAGUGCCAUCCAGCAAGGAAACAUCGAGGUUGUUCGGGCCCUCGUUGAGAAAGGCGCUGACGUCAACAGCUGGCUCCCAGGGAAAGGCACCGUCCUACAAAUUGCUCUUGAAGUGGCAGAGCCUCAAAUCGAGUGCAUUCGCAUGCUUCUAGACAAUGGCGCGAAUAUUUACAGCAAGGGGGAUACCUUUGGAAACGCGCUGACCAGAGCCGUGGACAAAGACCUUGACGACGUGUUGGAUCUCAUGGUGCAGGGAGGAUACGUGCGGAACGAGGCUGAACUGCCACCAGAUCAGCGCCUUGGAGAUGACAUGACGAUCCUACACGUCGCCGUCUGCUGCAGAAAUCGACGGGCCUUGAAACGCCUACUUGAAUCACCUGCGAAGGAGAUGAUCGAUCACCAAGACAGCUGGCGCCGAACUCCUCUGCACUACGCAACCAAGACUUACAGGGAAGCCUUAGAUUGGGUCCAAGCUUGCGUUGAUAUAAAUCCAAAGGGGCACUCUACUCCUGGAAGUACCGAAUGCGAGAUUGCCCAAGUCCUUGUAGACAACGGGGCCAGGGCCGACAUUUCUGACGCCUUGGGGAGCUUUACCGCCCUGCAGAACUCGUUUCGGAACUUCACCACUUAUGAUUUGGCCAAGAUAGUAUUUCCAGCGGCUUUAGUGAACAUGUCGCGAUUGGCCGAAACGACGAGAUAUGUAUUGGAGAGGCCCGAGAUGCAUAUCCUCUACAAUGAGACAGGCGGAAGCUUGAUCACGACCAGCGAGCUGGAGGCUUCGGAGACAUCCGAAUUAACCUUCACCCACUUUUUGCUCUUCCAGGUGCCCACAAAACGAGAACUAAAUUUCAACAAAACUAGUCUAUUGAUACUUGGCGAACACCAGCGUCUGAUCACUGAAAAACGGGGCCUCUCUUUUGCGCGGUGGAAUCGUGCUGAAGCCACACCUUCUCGUGAUGCUAGGUGGAAGCUGCACCGGGGUUUGAUGCCGACAAGGUCCGAGUUCGAAACGUUCAGAAACGAUUCCAGUUUGCAUGAUUUCAUUGCGUGUCGAUUCAUCACAACUUACCCCAGGCUAUGCCCAGAGGAUGAAGGCGACACGCAACAAGACAGUACCAGCAUCGAGCUCGUUCGUCGUUCCCAUGUGCUCCUGUGGACAAUGGUGGGCGAAUGUCACGAGGGAUGGGAUGGAACCAAGUACACCAUGCUAAAAUCAACAGCUCUCAUAACCACCUCUCCACAUGCAGAGCCGGGCUUUAAUGUGUGCAACUUGCUUGACCCGCUUCUGCAGACUCUAAGGGAGGAAUGGAUGCUUGCCUUUAAGACGGCCAACGACCACCAGUUUAAAAUGCGUUCGAUUAUCUUGAAGUCCAGGGGAAACGACCAUCGAGUCAUCGAUUGUCUCCUCGAAGACGCAUUGUCAUGGGUCCAAGUAGAGGAGAUUGCCAACGAGCAGAGGCGCGACCUGUCCGAAUUGAAUGCCUUGUUCGUGGGGGGCCAACAGUGGAAGCCACACGAAAGAAAAAUCCCACUCCAUGAUCCGAGUGACUUUGAAGAUUUGGAGAGGUUUGGAGUUGCGGUUAGUGAGUUUUGCGAGUAUCUCGCGACAGGUGUCAAGAAUCUGAGAGACACGUCUCAAGAGCUCAUUGGGCUGGAAUUCAACUUGACCUCCAUCAAUGAAGCCCAGAAGUCCACGUCAACAAGCGUGAGCAUGAAGCGUCUCAGCUGGAUCACGUUCAUCUUUCUCCCACUAACGUUUGUCUCGAGUCUUUUCGGCAUGAAUGUAAACGUGCUAGAGUCAAACCCGCCCUGGUGGAUCUACCUCCCCUUUGCCUUUGCAACGCUCGGGCUGACCAUGGUUGUAUGGUUGACCUUUAAGCGCUACCCAUCUAUUGAGGACAAAGCCGAGAGAGUGUUUCGGAAGUUGGCGAGCUGA